AUGACUCGCUCCAGCAACCCGCAGCUGGAGAACACGGUGGCGGUGCAGCACCUCGCCGUUACCCCCGAACUGAGAGCUGUACCUCAGGAAAAGCAACAUUCUGUUGAUUUAAUUGAAAGGAAUAAUGUUUAUGGUGACACCAGACAUGAAGUUAACGUGUAUGUUAAGGUGUUCGCAAAUAGCCCAUUUCUAGUAUGUAUGGAUUUGGCUCGUUCUCAGGAAGAAGUAAUAGAUCCCAAGUAUUUGUGGAUUGGUCCAAAUGGAAGAAAUUUAGAAGGUCAAAUGUAUGUGAAUCUUACAGAAACAGGAAAGCUGAUGGUGAUGGGUUUUAAGGAGUCUAUGUCUGGAGCCUACACUUGCACACUUUCUCACAAAAUCGUAGAAGCUAUGACACAGGAAGAAAGAGAAGUGUUUGAGGCAUAUAAAUUCAUGGUAUAUGCAUACAGGGAAGCUGACCAUGCAUAUCAGGUAUUUGUUCGCUAUACUACAAAGGAAUGCGAGCUAGCAGCUAACGGCCAGUUCUUUGAAGAACUAAAGAAAAUCUUAAAUAGCAUCAUCUCUGACCUGACAUGUCACAUCACAGAGUCGUUCUACAAAUGCCAUUCUCUCAAGAUACCAAAGCAAGGCCUUCUGCACGAGCUAUUUGUUAGUUUUCAAGUCAACCCUUUUGCACCAGGAUGGGUAGAAGUUUGCCGCCAGGUUCUUUACGACUGUGAAGAUACGACAAACAUGAGACUUCAAGAGGCAAAAGAUCGAAUUGGAGAGUUUUUCAGGAAGCAGACCUACGCUCUGAAGCACGAGUUUCAAACUGUUCCUACAAUACACUACGUGGACAACAGUUUCUCAAUGACUCACGUUGACAGUUGUCGGCCCGGUUUUGGGAAAAACAGUAUCACCCACAAGAACUGCGCUAGUUGCUGCGUGGUUUGUGAUCCCGGAACUUACAGUCCUAACAACGACGUGACCUGCCAGAUUUGUACGAGGCCUCGAGUCAAAACGUACGGAGCAAGAUCUUGCUAAUAGAAGCUGGGAAACCAAAGAGCAGCUGUGAAAGCCUUAUCGGGUUUGUGAUGGUCUUCUGGAAUCCUACGUUCGUUUUUGAACAAUCACAAAACAUCAUCAUUCGUGCACCCCUAGAUUUUCUGUAUUCAGGGACCACUUAGACUGUAAAAAUGAUGCAUGCAAUGAAGCGUCCACGCAAGGUAAAGUAAUUCAAUGAAAAAAAAAAAAAAAAAAAAAAAAGUUUGUCAUGUUGUCACGUGGCUGUUAGUGCAGAGUCUGGUGACACCGGACGCACCACAGCUUUGUGCUGCAGUUUGCUCAGAGAACAUAAAGGAACCAUAAACAAUUCAGGGAAAGGCGGCAGAUAGCCGUAGUGGAAUUCUUUGCCCUAAUGACACGUGCCAGGAUCUGUGAGCAAGCUCUAGCAGAUAUUAAUAGAAGCUUCUAAUCUUUGUGAUUUAAAAACAUUAAAUGUCCUGCCCUUUGUUUUGCCCCGUUUCUGUCGCUGUGCCCAAAGUGUUCCAGCCAGUGCAGAAUCGCACAGUGCGCUCGUUAACAGACACCGACCUGCUCAGGACUUUCCGUCUUGCUCCGCCAGCGGGAGCUCUGCUGACGAGCAGACACCAGCAGAGGGGAAAGUGAAAUCGGGUCUCCGAGACAAGAGAGAGGGUUAAUAACAAGUCUUGCAGGCCAGCGGUCGGGAGAAUUGAGGAUCUGGCUUUGAUGGAUCUCUCCUUGUCCGCUGCUCCCCAGAAGGAAGCGGGUGUGUCCCGGGGGGGAAGCGGAGAGGCCGCGGAGCCUCCCCCGCCGGCUUCCUGCUGCAUCUUUCCCUUCAGCUGCAUCACAUCCUCGUGGCAGAGCCCUGCCGGCCCCAGGUGCUGGCCUGCACGAGCAGAUGAUCCUCUUACACCAGCUGCAAAUUCCCACCCAGUUCACCGGAUGAGUAACAAGUCAAGCUACAAAUCGCCAGAGCGCUGACAUAAUGGGAAAGUUCCCUUCCCAGAAG